AUGCCUCCCAAGGCCUCUGUCCGCGGAGAAUAUAUCGAAACAGAAACAGGAAACAAGAUCAGUCGUCGUGCUGCCAUUCUCGGUCCCAAGCAUAUCAUUCUCGCAGGUAAAUGUGUGAUUCAGCAAGAUGUAGUCAUCCAUGGUGACCUCGUCCGACCUCCCCAAGCGAAAGCUCCAGCGCAAUCCGCCGAUCAGAAGGAUCAAAAACCUGCCAACCAAGAGCAUACCUCCAUCCACCUUGGCCGAUAUGUCUUCAUCAGUCCUGGGGCUACCCUUCAUCCACCAUGUCGAGUAGCCACAACAGUCGAUCCCAACGAUGGAGAGACAAGACAGGUCAUGACCUACUUUGUGCUAAGGAUUUCUGACUAUGUCUACAUUGGCCCCAAUACACACGUGAGAGCCGCCGAGAUCAAGAGCAAUGUCUAUAUUGGGGCAAACUGCACAAUUGGAAAUAUGGUCAUGAUCAAGGACAAUGUUAAAAUCCUGGAUGGCACAGUCUUACCCGCCAAUACAAUAUGGGCAGGUGGCAGCAUUAUUGCAGGCCGUCCUGGAAGGGUCAUUGGAGAAGUGGGUGAGGCGUGGGCCAGCACUGGGACGAGUGGUUCAACUGUUGAUGAAGGGGUCGGAGUGAGAAGCAGAGAGCGGUGGGCCGCAGUAGGAAACAAUAAGAGAUGA